UCACUUUGCACCGCCGUAUAAAGCAAACCGCGGCAUUGGUCAGCAAGAGGUCAACUUCUUCAUCUACUCCAUCUCACGCGCCCACCCCAACAAACAGUAAUGGGAGCACAGGCGCACUCAUCAAUCCUGAGCAGGCAGCUCAACGUUUUCUCCAUCCCACCCGAGCUCCUCGCGUCGCUCACGGUUCGUUCGAUCCAGGCCCAAGCGCCCGAGCCAGUCACAGGCGAUGCAGUGAGCAAUAAGGAGACCAAGCAGCCCUCGGCCGUACCUGCGGCGGCUGCGCCCUCGGGCGUCGGAUUCGGUUGCCAGGCAUGCCCUGGCGCGUCGUUCGAGACCCCCGAAGACCAGCGAGAACACUUCAAGUCCGACUGGCACCGGUACAAUGUCAAGGCCAAGCUGCAGGGCAAGGCGGUGGCUGCCGAGGUGUGGGACGAGAUGGCUGAGGGUGUUUCGAGCAUCUCGGGGUCCGCUUCGUCAUCGUCAUCUGGCUCGUCGCAGUCGCUCACUACGCGGCUGCUGAACAAGGCCAAGAUCACGGACAACAACAAGGAGGACGACGAUGUCGACUCGGACGAGGAGGCAGAGCUUGCGGAUCGUAGGCGGCGAGCCCAGCUGCGUACCGCCGUCAUUUGGUUCACGCCAACCAACCCCCCAGCAUCGCUCGGCAUUCCCGCCGACACCCAGCUCGGUGUUGUCCGCGCGCUUCUCCCAUCAUUCGACACGGCUGGAGACUACCUGUCCGAGCUGAAGAGGUUGCAGCUGUCCCCACCCGUUGAGGGCGAGGAGGAGCGCCGUAUCACCCUGCUUAUGGUCGCUGGUGGCCACUUUGCCGGCAUGGUCGUUGGGCUGCGCCCCCGCGGCCCUCGUGACAAGCAGGACGUCAAGGGUGCAGGAGAGCUGCGCAUCUACAAGCACAAGACUUUCCACCGCUACACUACCCGUAAGAAGCAGGGUGGCUCGCAGGGCCUCAACGACAACGCAAAGUCCAAGGCCGUGUCCGCCGGUGCCAUGCUCCGUCGAUACGGUGAACAAGCUUUGCAGGAGGAGAUCAGGGCCCUCUUGACCGAAUGGCAGGAGGACCUCGAGCUCUCUGAGCGCAUCUUCAUCCGCGCGAGCACACACGGCAAGAAGAGCUUCUGGGGGUACGACGGUGCCGUGUUGAGCAAGAACGACGAGAGGAUACGCUCCUUCCCCUUCCCCACCCGUCGACCCACACAACAGGAGCUCAUCCGUGUGUGGCACGAGCUGGUGCGGGUCAAGGUGUCGCACUUGUCCCAGGAAGCACUGCAGGCGCAGGACGACGCGUACAUCGCGUCUCUGCAGCCCAAGAAGCAGGCCACGGCAAAGCCUGUGACUGCUCCAGAAAAGGUGGCGGUGCCUGCCGCCCCGAAGCUCUCAGCCGAGGAGCAGGCCCUCCUCGACCGCCAAGAGCGCCUUGUCGACAUGAUCAAGAAGGGCCGCCUCGACGCACUCAAGUCGUUUGUCUCGCGGUAUCCUACCGAGGUCAAGCCCGAGGCGCUGGCUACCGCCGUGACCGCAGGGCAGGAGGACGUGGUGCGAUACCUCCUUACGGAGGCGCGCAUCGACCCAACUGUCGCACUCGACGGCUCGAAGCGGGCAUACGAUUACGCCACGACCAAGAACGUCCGCAACAUCUUCCGCCGCGUCGCGCACGACCAUCCCGAAUGGUACGACUGGCAGGCGGCGCAUGUGCCCUCUGGCUUGAGCGAGGAGGCCGAGGCCGAGCAGGGCGCCAAGAAGGCGGAGCGGCGGCGCGGCCUGCGCGACAAGAUGCGCGAGCGCGAGAAGGCACGCGCCGAGGAGGCCGCUGCGGCGCCUGAACCAGCACCAGCACCGGCGCCGUCGUCAGCGUUCGCGUCCCUCGGUGUGCCGACCGGCCCGCAGAAGCUCGGUGGGCGUACCGGUGCUGAAGGUUCCCUUGCGGGACUCAGCCCCGAGAUGCGCAUGCAGAUUGAGCGCGAGCGGCGCGCACGAGCGGCCGAGGCGCGGUUUGGCGGUGCGAAGUAAGGUGAUAAUAAUUAGAUGUAGAUCUCACUGUA